CUCUGCCUGUGCUGCUGGAUGUGGUCGGGGGUCCCGAGAGUCUUCCUGCAGACGAGCAGACACAGGAAAUGCUGAGAGGGAAACUGCGCAUUCUGCAAGCUGACAGCACCGAGGUCAACGCUCUGUUCAUGGAGCUGUCUACUCAUCUGAUCUCCAUCAACAGUGAAGAAAAUAUUAUUUUUGUCACAUUCAAAACAUUUGAAGAAAUAUGGAAGUUCACCACAUAUUACACAAUUGGUUUCCUGGGUCGCUGUAUGGAGGAUCUGUUGUUAGACCAGAGGUUUUGUCUCAGUUCUCUGGAGGAGGACAUCAGGAUCCAGGUCUCCAUUCAGGAGGAGACCCUCAGCCUGAUAUACAAAGGCAUACUCAUGCAGGAAGGGUCUUUCUUUGCUAGCUGUAGCACCAACCAGAUGUUCGACAGCUCCACCUCUGGAGGGGACCUGUACCUGGAACAGGGGGAAAUAGCCCAGUUCGAGCCCCCCUUCCUGGGCUCAGGGUGGACCAUGCUCUGCCUGGCUGAUGGAGGCCGAGGCACUGCACCCAGACCUGCUGUGAAGCCCGUCAUGCCUUUUUAUCAGUGGUUUCUUAAAUCCUGUGCAGAAGGCAUUUUAGUUGGUGAUGGGAAACCCUCCUGUGACUUCCCUCUGCAGUUUGCCAGAGGAACCUGUCUUGCCACAAUGGAGUACGAUGCUGGGGGCCCAGAUGAGCUGAGCAUGGCCCCUGGUGAUCGCAUCAUCAUCGUGGGACUUCUGGUGUCUUGUUUUGAGUGGUUCACAGGGAGGAAGGAGGCCACAGGAGAAGUGGGUCUGGUGAAGACAAGCCUGGUGGAACCCUCCACUGACAUUACCCAGUCAGAAGAUAUUUUUUUGGAUGGAGAGGAAAGAACACUCUUCAGUGUGCAAGAGGACAAAGUCAUAGAGGAAACAACUGCGUUACUGCAGAAGAAAUCCCAAAAUGAUACCGGUCAGAAAUACAAACUUGGUACGAUGAGUUGCCAAGACGCUGAGAAAAAAAAAUCACUCGGCACUUCAAGCAAAGUUGACGCUCAGACUGACCUUAAGAGAAAUAUUCAGAGGAUACUUGAUCAGGGAAAACACUCAUCACCAGGUCCCGUAGUGACCGUUAACGGGACUCUAAAGGAACUGCACCUUGCAACAGAAUCAAAGAACCCCAUCCCUCCGUGCUUCACGGUCCACCCGGUGGUCGAAGGAAACACCAAUACCGAGAACUUCAUCCCCCUCCUCUCUUUACUGGAGGGACGAGACUACAGAGCAGAGUUUGGCGUCCUGUAUGGACUGGGUUCAGAACUCCUCGCGUCCUCCAUCUUCACCGGCCACUCGGACGAGGAUGAGUUGAUUGCCUUCCUGGGUGUUGCUAGGGAAACAGCCAGGAAGAAGCGACUCUAUUGGCCGCAUACUCGGUUGUGCUUUCUGUUGGGUAAGCUUUGUGCUGGGAGGUUGAAGUUCAGCCAGGCCCGGGUUUACUUGGAGGAAGCCCUCAGCGUGCCACGAGAGGGCUUCACGGACCUCAGGUUGUUGGCCAGCAUCUACUCAAGACUGGUUCCCAUUUACCUCCUGCAGAAAAAUACUGAGAGUUUCUUUGCUCUGGCCGAACGACUCGUUGCCUUGCUAUUUGGAAUCCCAGACUGCCUGGCAUGUUUAGAAGACAACUCCGCUCUUAAAUACAUCCUCAAGAAAGCUGUUCUAUCUCACAACCAAAUGGCGGAGGCCCGGGCUUGUUACCAAUUGGCGAAGCACCACUUGACUCAUGCUGAAGGAUUGCGAGUUGUUCCUUAUCUUGAAAGACUACUUGUUCUUUCUGGUGAAGCUCAAAGGACUUGGGGGACCUCUCCCAGUCAGGACUACCUCACACUGGGAAGGAUCUACAGCGAACUCCAGCUCCCCCACCUCAGUGUCAGUUCAGCCAGGAGAGCUUCUCUGCAGCCCUCUGCUACACUGACAGACUGUCUCAGCAGCAUGGCACUAGCUAUGGACAAUGUCAACAAACUGUAUGAGUUCACAGAACAGGAAGAGUCCAUCCCACCUAAAGUGGCUCCAUAUUUACACCAAGCCCUUUCUUCUAUCCAAGGAGAAGGAAAUGAUCGAUACCAUGUUCUGGGUCAUCGGAUUACUGUUUGUCUCAGCCAACUGUUUUGCAAGAACUCAAUGGUUGGACACGCCAUCUGCCGCAUGCAUACUCUGAUCAACAACAACGGACCCUCACUCUGCAUCUCCGUCCCAGAAAGAAACAGUGCCCUCAUCUGGCUGGCAUGGCUUCACAUUGACAAUCAUCAGCCAGAUGUUGCUUUGGAUGUCCUGGAUUUGGUCCUAGCUUCCAUGCCAGAACACUGCACGACCCCUCAGGAAGGUGUGGUCCUCAACAUGCGUGGUGUUGCACUUCGAUACAUGGGUGACCUCCGGAGGGCAGCAGAGAGCUAUCAGGCUGCUGUGGACAUCUGCCAAGAGUAUGAGGACAUGCCAAACUGGGCUGUAGCUCAGGCUAACCUAGGGCUGUUGUGUCUGAAGGCUGGAGCUAAAGGACUAGCCCAGAGACACCUGACAGAGGCUGUGCAGCUCUUCUCUGAGCUGGAGGAAGGAGGGCAUGAGGCUGACUUCAUCACCGUGCUGCUGGAGCUGGGUCAGCACUAUGUGAAGCAGCAGCAGCUGGACUUUGGGAAAGGAUGCUACGAGUGGGCUCUUCUGCUAGCUAUCAACGCUAACCUGCUAGACUACACCUCCACCUACGACCCCCACCCUCGCCUCACCCCACCCAUGCUCCUCGAUCCCCUGCAGCCACACGGUGACUCACUCCCACCAACUCCUCCACUCCUCCCCCUCUCACCCUGCCCCCAUCGCGUCUCUGCGGCACACAUACCGAAGGCGGCGGGGGCGGCUGCUCCUCCACCUCCCCACCUUCUCAUCCCUGCUCCUCCUAAACUCACCUCCACCGCCACACCGGCUCUCCGCACCUACUCCCGCCCCAUCCUCCCCUCCAAAACAUCUCCCACCAUCCCCUCCUCUCCUGUUACCUCCACCAGCCUCACCAACGGGAACACAAGGCCCACCCCCAUCUCCACACCCAUCACACCCUUUCACACACCAGCCAGUCCACCUGGAAGACAGGUAUCACAAGUUCACCCUGCGGGCACACCUGGUCUUGUGCGAGCCAAUCAGAGCGCCUCCCCAGUGCGGCAAAGGGUAUCCCAGCAGACCCUGCUCCUGGGGAAAGGUCUCAAAGGGUGCGGACAAGACCAGGUGCUGCUCAGAGCUCAGAUGCUGAUUCUUACGUCUGCUAUGCGACCUGCACUCUCCUCUUCUUCUUCUUCCUCCUCCCCCGCCUCCUCCUCCCCUCUUUACUCUAACCCUGCCUCCGCUCAGCUCCAGAGUCUCACCCUCAGGCCUCCUCCCCCCGGGGUCCUCACCAUCCCUCCCUCACUCCGCCUGAAGACACCCUGCUCCGCCCCGCCUCCCCUCUCUCGCCCUCACGCCCCCAUCUUCCCCCCCCUAAGGCCCCGACCACAGUCUUGCAGCACAGAGACCCCCAACACGCCGAGCCGUCACCUCUCCGUCCCCCCGCCAACUCUGUACUCUCCCGUGCGAGCCGUCCCGCUGCGCCCCCGGCUCCACUCUCCAAACGGACACCGAGUGGUGUCCUCUCGUCAAACUUCAACCUUUCAACCCAUUGCUGCAGCCCCCGUCUGCCAGGCCCCCCCCACUCGCUCGCCACUGUCUGCACUGAAGAGCUGUCCGUUAACCCAGACUCUGCUCGGCCAAUCACAGCACAGUUCCUUACCCGGGACCACGUCUGCUUCCUCUCACUUUGAGCGCACGCCGUCUGCGGCGAGGCAGCUGCAGAUCAUCGCUCUCUCCUCGGGACGCCAGACCAAGCCUUGCACGUACCCCCCCGCAGCGUUAGCCCCUCCUACUGUGGAGGCGCAGGAGAAGCCCAGCCAAUCAAAGAGGACGUUGAGCGGCGAGCACGUCCUUCCUCUUCCUCGUCCUCUGAUCCCCUCUUUGCCAAAAAACAGUUCGCCUCCAUUCCUCCUGAGUCCGGCUUCCCCUCCUCAAACACAAACUCUGCUCCGGAGAGGAGAGGGGAGGGAGGAAGAUGAGCAGAGAGAAGGAGGAAGAGGGAGAGAGGGAGACAGAGAGGAGCUGAGGGGGGAGAAAGACGACCAAAGAGGGAAAGAGAAACAGAAGCUCCAUCCUGAGAGGGAAGAAAGCAUUGUUGGUCAGAAGAAAGAGGAAGAGGAAACAGUCAGAGUGGAAGAGCACAUGGAAGUGACAGAGGAAGGCCAAAGUGAUGGACAGAAGGCGGGGAAAAAGAUGGAGGAGGAAGGAGAGAGCGCCAUGGACCAGUCUGAGAGUCUCCAUCAGGACCAGAACUUAGAUGCUGACCCUGUUGAAGACGAGGAACAGAAACCAGUCCUGGGUCCAGCUCCAGAGUUUCUGCAGCCGGGCGGUCAGGAGGACUUCAGUGAGGACAUGUCCACUCAGUCUGACAACCAAUCAGCGUUAUCCAGCCUCUCCUCCCAGUCUCCCCCCUCCUCACCCUUCAUCUCCCCCUCUGGAGAACCCCAUCCUCCCCUCCUCCCCCCUCAGCCUGCCCUCCCUACUGACCUCAGCCAAUCACAGCCCGAGACGGAAAAAGUUGCGAAAUCAAACGGCGACUCGCAGCCGCCAGAAACGGAGACGGAGCCCCUCGGCCAAUCAGGAGACGAGUCGGAGAAUUUGGACCAAUCGCUGAGUAGCCCCUGGGAACCGGGGGCGUGGCCGGAGGGGAGGCAGGUGCUGACUCACCUCGUGGAGGGCUUCGUCAUCCAGGAGGGGCUGCAACCUUUUCCAGUGAACCGCUCGUCCCUGCUGGUUCCCGCGCGGGUCUCCACGCCACAGGAAGUGAACGGGACCAACGGCAGCGCAGCACUUCCUGUGACGGACACAGAGAAACCAGAUGAGCACUGCAUCGAGUCAGAGGGGGAGUUGGGGGGAGACGCAGAGGACCCCGACAAGAGUCCGGUACAAAGGGACAGGACGGUGCUGCACUGCCAGUUCUGCGGGAAGCGAGGCCACGCACACAACUUCAUGCGGUCCAAACGCUUCUGCUCCACUUCCUGUGCACGCGGGUUUAACGUGCGUCUGACGAAGCGUCUGCGGGCUCUGAGCGCAGGGAGCCGGUCUGAAAGGCCCCGACCCGCUCUGAACAGGGCCGAGUCCGUCCCGGGGAAGCCUCUUUUACUGAGACUGCCUCGUGAUCUGUGGAGCGCCGGGCGGCGAGAGAAGGAGGGGAAGGAGAAGGCGACGGAGGCAGAAGAAGAUGAGGAGGAGGAAGAGGAGGAGGAGGAGGAGGGGGGGGAAGAAGAGGAGGAAAUGGAGGGAGGAGGAGAGGAGGAGGAAGAUGAUGAGGGGGAAGAAGAUCCUGCUGUCGCCAUGACGGCCAGGAUGGAGCGGCGGGCGGCGAGGAGAGCGAGGAGGGCAUCCGCCCCCCCGCUGACCACGCCCACCCCCAAACCAACAAGCACCUUCAGACCCCCCCCCACCCAGUGGAGCGUGGAGGAGGUCACCGCCUUCAUACACACACUGCCAGGCUGCAGCGACGUGGCCGAGGCGUUCCGGCUGCAGGAGAUCGAUGGCCAAGCUCUGCUGCUACUCACUGAGGACCAUCUGAUGACCAGCAUGAACAUCAAACUUGGACCAGCACUCAAGAUCUGCGCUCACAUCAACACACUGAAAAACCAAUGAGAGACUAAAACAGACAAAAAAUCAAGCAAUGGAGGAAGUUAAAUGUGAAGAGAAAGGAGAGUUUUUAUGAAAAGCUGACACCAAGGAUGACAGAACAAAGUCACAAAAAGAGAUUCACGGUAAUUUAUGAGAUUAUAAAUCAAGGUGUGGCCUUAGGGAACAGAAAAAAAGUCCGGAAGAAAUUCAAUCCGUUCUGGGGCUGUAGCACGAGAGAUUUUUGUAACUUUGUGUAUAUUUUACAUGCCGCUGGAGAGUGUAAAUUUGAAGCUAUUUCAUGAAGGAUUUUGAACAUUUAAUAUAUAAAAUUUGUCUAUUUAGUUUUUUUAGAAUGUGACGUCAACGACAAAUCUAUUCAGUAGCUAACAUAACCGGUGUGUGUAAAAAUAAUAAUAAUAAUAAUAAUAAUAAUAACACGUAGACUUUGUAAGUGAUUCAUGAAAGUUUAAUGUUUUAUAUCACUAUAUUCUGGACAAAAACAUGUCUGAGGAUUAAAAAAAAGUCACUAUCAGGGUAGAGGCUGGUGUCUUUAAUCAUCACAUUUUUAUGGUAUCAUGCCUGAAAUUAUUUAAUAAAUGAAUAAUUAAUCAAAACGAUUGUUUUAUCUUAUUGUUUGAAUAGAAAGAAAGAUGUUUUACACCAACAGAGGGCCACAGUGAGACAGGUAAG